AUGCCCACCGUAUACCUUGCCGAAGAAGACCCUGAUACAGGAUAUACAACCUUCGUAAUUCAGGAUAUGGGAGACCACGUCUUCAAGCGCGGACCUAGACACUCCCUCUCUGCUCAGCUCGACUCCGUCAUCUCGCGUGUCUCUAGAUACUCAGGCUCAGACGAACUCCCCCCACAGUACCUACUCGCGCAAUUACCAAACUCUCAGUCCGCUUGUCCUUUCUUCAGCGUUAUACCCGCCGAAAUCCGAAACCGUAUAUUCUACCUCGCACUCCUCGAGGAAGAGGACCUCUCCAACUACAUUCCAGCGGAUCUCGAUAGCUAUCUCUGCUCCAGAGAGCCUUAUAAUAUGUUCCCUGGAAUCGCUCUACUCCGCACCUGCAAGCUCGUUUACUUGGAAACCCACCUUCUCCCUAUCCUCACCACCACGCACCGAGACUGGCAACAAUACCCGGGCCCUCCCUAUUAUGAAAGUGUACCACCUGGCGUCUUAGCGAAGAAUACACGGGAGAGAUGGGCGCUGAUGACGAGGGAGCAGAAGAGUGCGGUGGUUGGGAUACAUGUAUACGUUGGGGAGGAUUGGUCGCGUUGGCAGUAUGGCCCAUUUAUUCCGGAUUAUCAUAGCAUGCGGCGGGAGGGGUUGAAGCCCAAGACAUUUGCUGUUACGCUCCGGUGGAACGAAUUGACGGGGCUAGCGAGGAGUAAUCAUGACGGGUACGAUUGGGAUGAUGGGGACGGGGACGCGAAGAUGAAAACGAACCUAUCGUACUAUAAAGAGAAGUGGGAGGCGUGGUUCAAUACUUUCGGUGAUGGGUUGGAGGAGAUGGUGAUGCAUCUCGAGGCGAAAGUGGAACGGCAAUACGGGCUCGAGAGAGUCGUGAAGUCUGUGAGAGAGUGGACGCUUAGGCCAUUGAAAAAUGGAGGAAAGGUUUGGGGGGCGAAUGAGGUGGCGUUGAAGAGGGAGAUCCGGGAAGGGGUUCCCUUGAGCUUGGGGGGAGUGACUCGGGACGAUGAUGCGGCGAGACAGAAGGACUACGUGGUGACGGUUACGUGGAAAGCGGUCAGUGGUGUCUUCAACGAGUAG